AUGCCACUGCCUUUGUUUACGCCGCUGGCCAUUUUCGAUAAAGUCUCCCUCUCGCUGCUCGGAGAUGACUCUCGAAUCUAUGCUAGUUCAAUCUACCGCAUUUUCACCCUGCUUUCAGGAUUGCAGAUGUCCACACUUUCAUUGCCCAUUAAAGGAGGCCACUUUGAGCGGCCUCCAAGCGUCUUUCGCUCUUCCAUUUCCCGGUCCCCAGACGCACAUUUUCGGCCUGAAAAGGAUCGCUACGUCCUCUACAUCAAUCUCGGCUGCCCCUGGGCGCACCGGACAAACAUAGUCCAUCAGCUCAAGGGCCUUGACGCGAUAAUCCAGAGGGUACUACUCGAUCCCCAGGGCGGUCCUGAAGGCUGGCACUACACCGGCCGAUUUGGGACUGCCGCGCAGGACCCAGUGUAUGGGUUCCAAACGCUGAAGCAGCUCUACCUGAAAGCAGACCCGUCCUACACCGGCCGGAUCACCGUCCCCGUACUCUGGGACAAGAAGCACGAAACCAUCGUCAACAACGAGAGCAGCGAGAUCAUCCGCAUGUUCUUCACCGAGUUUGACGACCUGCUGCCGCAGCACCUGCGCGAGUCGCAGCAUCCCGCGACGGGAGGGAGGGGCUUCUACCCGCCGUCCCUGCGCGCCGAGAUCGACGCCAUGAACGACUGGGUGUAUCCGUCCAUCAACAACGGGGUGUACCGUGCCGGAUUCGCCACCACGCAGGAAGCCUACGAGGAAGCGGUGUACCCGCUGUUCGACGCCCUGGACCGCGUCGAGGCGCACCUGGCGCAGCCGGGCCACUCGCCGUAUCUGUUUGGGGAGCAUAUCACCGAAGCGGACAUCAGGCUCUACACGACUGUGGCGCGGUUUGACGUGGGGUAUUAUCUGCUCUUCAAAUGUAAUCUCAAGAUGAUCCGGCAUGAUUAUCCGAAUAUCCAUAACUGGUAUCUCCGGCUGUACUGGGACUCGUCUGACAAGACCAACGGCGGGGCGUUCCGGCGGACGACGGACUUUAAGAGUAUGAAACUGGGUUAUAUGCAGGCAAAGGGGAGCGAGAUAUUCCCUGUGGGCCCUAGCCCGGAUAUUCCUGAACUCCCUGCUGAGAAGAUUUGA